AUGGAUGAUUUGUAUGAUAUUUACGAGGACGAUGCGCCAGACGAUGAUUAUUACGAUAUUGAUGAUGCAGAUGAUGCAUAUGGCAGCGGUGGAGACGAUGUGGAUGAGUAUGAUGCUGCUGAGCAAGAUAAUGCAGAUUCCGAUGAUGAAUUCCUGGCUGGAGAGGAUGCCCCGGAAUUCUUUUACUUUUCGAAUAAUCCUCCCUACUUUCAUCUCGGCCCCUCGCCACAGACUCCCCCUCGGACGCCCCCUCGUGUGCCUCCUACCGUAGCAUCUCAAGCCCAGGAUGCUAUCCAGAGCGGUAGCCCUACGCUCCCUUCCCCGGGAUCUGCCAUAUCCGGAAGAAAGUCAUUUAUGGACAUGGUUCUCGAUGUGGCUACUUCGAACCUUGAUAGCUUGGUUCACAAGAAGCUGUGGUAUUCGAUGCCGUCAAGCGUAGUCCUCAAGGUCUAUCGGAAGGCAGAGAAGAAGAACAAGCUUUCCAUGGACGCCUGGGGUCUUCUCUCUGGCAUACUGUACGAUACUCGGGACGAGGCGGAGGACGUUUUCCACCGAGAGUACCGUUUAGACUUGCCUCCUCGAUAUUUUGCUUCAACUGACACGACGAGUCUUGAGCGGUGCCUCGCCCCCGCUGUAUCCUUGAGUUUCGAUUUCAUCACUCAUCUCAUCAUCAAGGACACUUGCGGUCUUAGUGCACGAGAAUUUCUCUGCAUUUCGGAUAUGAAGAAUCUCGGUCUCUUGAGAAUCUCGGAGCCUCGUUCCGACCAAGAGUAUGUUAACAACAGUCUAGGUUCGGUGGAACGACGCAUCACAGACCGAGUCAUACGCGCCUGGUCGGAGAAGGAUGAUCCCUUCCCAGUCUUGAGAAUCUUGCAGUUCUACAGCUGCACCGAGAUUACUCCCGAGAGCAUGCGUUAUUGGUCGCGCUUCCCCGCACUUGCCGUUGUCACAGUCCGGGGCCUCCGUAAGGUCUGGGAUUGCAUCGAGGAGGGAUCCGUCGUGCAUGGUUGGAAGAUCCCCACAAAUCCAGAUGACCUGCAGGUGUUGGCUCUGAGGUACAUAUCCACUUGUCGAGAUUUUGAGAGUGACACCAUGAGAACGGAGUCGUACGCCGCUGCCUGGGCCAUCGCGAGGACCAACGCAUCAAAGCUCUCUCUCCUGUACGGAUCGAAUCCUGUGGCCAAAUUGCAGACGCCUCUGCCCGUGCGUCGAUGGAAUGGCAGAAUGCCAACCAACUCUACGAAGGAGACUGUCGCGAUAAGUUCGAUUUAUUCUCCGUGGGGAAUCCGCACGUAUGCCGACAACCCGAUGUGGUGGCUGUACGCUGCACUCGGCUACAUUCUAUUCAACGACGAAGACCUGAGGGCCAGGAACCCGGACAUAGGAAGCCAGUACUUUGCCCAACGCACCUACCUCCUUCCUCCCGCCCCCGUCAUGACGGUGACUCUGUGUCCCACCGGCGACCCACCUAAAAUCGGCUCGCCCACGAUGUUUCUCGACUAUCAGCACGUCAGGGCGGCCCUCCACAGUGAGGCCCGUUUGGUCAGGUACAGAUUCGUCCGGAAGGAGUUCUUUGAUGACAUUGCUACGCGUGAGCCCGGUUGGACUCCCGGCACGUACGAGGAGGACUACUUGAGGGAUGACGAUGAUGCUUCGGGAUCUAAGGGAUCCGAGGGUUCCAUGAGUUCCAAGAGUUCCAAGGGUGCUGGCUCGUCUGGUGGUUCGGGAUCUCAGGCUAGGAACGAGGGGUCGAUCCGGCGGGGUAGGAAGCGUAAGCUCGGUGAUGUCCUCGCUUCCUUGUCUGGGAUUUGA